CUCUCCCUCUCUCUCGCUCGCUCGCAUCGCAUCCUUCUGUAUAAUCGGCAACUAGGGCAAGCAGGCUGAGAGGCGAUCCAGAGCUCAGCUCCUCUCUGCAGGCUGAGAAUAGAGAGAGAGAGAGAGAAAGGAAAAAACACAGCUCAAACCAGGAGGGGAAAAACGGAGGAAAAACAGCUUGAUGAAAGAGGAGAGACGAGAGAAACAAAAGACCGUGGAAGAUUUCAUCGGUGGAUAAAGACCCUUUUAUAUAUGUAUUGUUUAUAUAUAUAUUUGUACACACGCAUAUAGAUAUUUAUAUAUAUACUUAUACAUAUAUACUUGUAUAUACACACGUGUAUGUGUGCUUGUCUGUUUAUAUUGAUAUUUUUAUAUGUAUUUGUGUGUGUAAAUAUAUAUAUAAAUGAAUAUAUAUCUUCUGAAUUUAUACAUAUCACUGUGAACACGGCGUGACAAGAGGAGAUUUCUACCGUCAGGGCUGGUCUCUGAUUGUGUGAUCUGUGUACAAUAUUUUCACUGUUUUUUUUUUUUUGUUUUUUUUUUUCCCUGAUCUUUACGUCAAGAAGAGGAAGACUCCUUUCCCCCCGUUUUUCUGCGGUGGCUUCCUCUCCCUUUUGCGCUCGCACCGGGGAAGAUUCAAAGAAGGGGGGGGGGGAAAAAAAAUAACAUAAGAGGAUACGUUUUUCCCGCAGCCCCUCUCUCUGGUUUGCUUUACUGCCGUCCGGCGGUGUGGGUGAUCGGGGCUGACGAAUAGCGCGUCCGCCUGCGUGCGUUCCCCCGCAGCCCGAAGAGAGCCCAGCGACCGAGCGAGCGAGCGAGCGAGCCCCCCUGCCAGCAUGCACAAGCACCACCACUGCUGCAAGUGCCCGGAAUGCUACGAGGUGACCCGCAUGGCCGCGCUGCGUCGCAUGGACACCCAGUCCUACGGGGACUGGCAGCCCGACCCGUACGGGUACCCGUCCGGGUACAGCGGCGGGCAGGCCAUGCCUCCCCCGGCUUCGGGAGGAGGGGGUGGAGGCGGGGGAGGAGGUGGAGGAGGAGGCGUGGGAGGUGGCGGCGGCGGCGGCGGCGGCGGCACCCUCGGGAGAAGUAAGGGCAAGAUGAUGUCCGCCGGCGGCCCCGGGGGCCCCAACCCCAAGGGCCAGUCCAAGGGCGGCCCCAAGGUGAACGGCAACAGCGCAGGCGGACAGCAAGGAUGGUGGCCAGAGUGCACCUGUUCCAACAGGGACUGGUACGACCAGGCGAACCCUCCCCCCAUCAUCGUCAACGCGGACUCCCUGGAUGCGGGUCCUUAUGUGAAUGGCAGCGAUGGGAUGUACAAAUAUGAAGAAAUCAUUCUGGAAAGGGGUAACUCUGGGCUGGGCUUCAGCAUCGCUGGAGGGAUGGACAAUCCACACAUUCCGGACGACCCCGGGAUCUUCAUCACUAAAAUAAUCCCGGGCGGAGCGGCGGCCAUGGACGGCCGGCUGGGGGUGAAUGACUGCGUCCUGCGUGUGAACGAGGUGGACGUGUCCGAGGUGGUCCACAGCAGGGCAGUGGAGGCGCUGAAGGAGGCGGGGCCUGUGGUCCGGCUGCUGGUCCGGAGGAGGCAGGCCCCGCCUGAGACCAUCCUGGAGGUCAACCUGCUCAAAGGGCCGAAGGGGCUGGGGUUCAGCAUCGCCGGGGGCAUCGGCAACCAGCACAUCCCUGGAGACAACAGCAUCUACAUCACCAAGAUCAUCGAGGGCGGGGCCGCGCAGAAGGACGGGAGGCUGCAGACCGGAGACCGCCUGCUGGCCGUGAACAACAUCAUUCUGCAGGACGUGCGUCACGAGGAGGCGGUGGCCGCCCUGAAGAACACCUCUGACAUGGUGUACCUGAAGGUGGCCAAGCCGGGCACCGUGCACCUCAACGACAUGUACGCCCCCCCGGACUACUCCAGUAGCCUCGCCCUCCCCCCAGCCUUCCCCACUAUGGUCGAUAACCACGUCGCCCACAACUCCAGCAUGGCCUACAUGGGCGGGGUCGAGCCCAAGUCCGUCUACCAGCCGCCGCAGGUCACGCCCUCCAGGUACUCCCCAAUCCCUCGUCACAUGCUGGGGGAGGAAGACUUCACCAGGGCCGAGCCCAUUUACAGUGUCAUCCACAAACCCCUGGAGGACAGCGUCCCCCCCUCCCCCCACUUCUACAGCGGGGUGCCCCGGGACGCGGGCUUCUGUCCCGGUCCCGCCGCGGCCCCGCGCCAGGGCCCCGCGGCGCCCUUCUCCGGCAGGGAGCCGCGUAAGGUUCUGCUCCACAAGGGCUCCACAGGCCUGGGCUUCAACAUCGUCGGUGGGGAGGACGGCGAGGGGAUCUUCGUCUCCUUCAUCCUGGCGGGGGGUCCGGCCGACCUAAGCGGAGAGCUGAGGAGGGGCGACCGCAUCCUUUCGGUGAAUGGUGUGAAUCUGCGCAAUGCCACACACGAGCAGGCUGCUGCAGCACUGAAGAGAGCAGGGCAGACGGUCACCAUUAUCGCUCAGUACCGACCAGAAGAGUACAGCCGCUUUGAGUCCAAGAUCCACGACCUGCGUGAGCAGAUGAUGAACAGCAGCAUGAGCUCUGGCUCCGGCUCCCUGCGCACCAGCGAGAAGCGCUCGCUCUACGUCAGGGCGCUGUUCGACUACGACAGGACCCGGGACAGCUGUCUGCCCAGCCAGGGCCUGAGCUUCUCCUACGGGGACAUCCUGCACGUCAUCAACGCCUCGGACGACGAGUGGUGGCAGGCCAGGCUGGUCACGCCCCACGGGGAGAGCGAGCAGAUCGGGGUGAUCCCCAGCAAAAAGAGGGUGGAGAAGAAAGAGCGUGCCAGGUUAAAAACGGUCAAGUUCCACGCCAGGACGGGCAUGAUCGAGUCCAACCGGCUGUCAGUCAAAGUAAAGCGUAAAAAGAGCUUCAACCUCUCGCGCAAGUUCCCGUUUUACAAGAGCAAGGAGAAUAUUGUGCAGGAGUGUGUGGAGACGGAACAAUGCCUGACGUCCAACACGAGCGACAGCGAGAGCAGCUCCAAGGGGCAGGAGGACACCAUCCUGUCGUACGAGCCCGUGAUUCGACAGGAGAUCCAUUACACAAGACCUGUGAUCAUCCUGGGGCCAAUGAAGGACAGAAUAAACGACGACCUCAUCUCCGAGUUCCCUCACAAGUUUGGGUCCUGCGUACCGCACACCACCCGGCCCCGGCGGGAGAACGAGAUGGACGGGCAGGACUACCACUUUGUGGGCUCACGGGAGCAGAUGGAGAAAGACAUCCAGGACAACAAAUUCAUUGAGGCGGGCCAGUUCAACGACAACCUGUACGGGACCAGCGUGCUGUCCGUCAGAGCCGUGGCUGAGAGGGGUAAACACUGUAUCCUGGAUGUGUCUGGGAAUGCCAUAAAGCGAUUGCAACAAGCACAACUUUACUCAAUCGCCAUUUUCAUCAAGCCAAAAUCAGUGGAAGCCCUGCUGGAAAUGAACAAGAGGCAGACGUAUGAGCAAGCCAGUAAAGUGUUUGACAAGGCAAUGAAGCUGGAACAGGAGUUUGGAGAAUACUUCACAGCCAUUGUACAGGGUGACUCACUAGAGGAGAUCUACAACAAAAUCAAGCUGAUCAUCGAGGAACAGUCGGGGCCCUACAUCUGGAUCCCCUCCCCCGAAAAGCUCUGAGCGUCCAGUCCUGCGCUCCUCGCGGACAUCGCCCGCCCCCCCCCCUCCUCCCCCUGCCCCCUCCCCCCAUACUCCCCACCCCACCCACUGAAGUCCCAUACCUCCCUUUUUGCAGAUAUGUUUCAUAUCCAGUUUUAUUGUCAUCAUUCUGUUAACUCUCAAAUGAAAGUCUUAUCACCAUUUCUGUGGCUGUGCACACACCCCUGCAUGAGUUUCUCGACAAAUCCAUUCAAGACUGGAAAUGUCAUUCCAAGUGAAUUUUUAUCAUUUAAAAAAACAGACAAAAGGGGGAAAAAAAACAGACACCGGACGGAACGACGGAGAUGAGAAUGUCUUAAAAAGGCACUGAAGUGGGAUUUGAGAAUUUAGGAUUUGCAGGGGGGAAAAGACAAAAACGGUACAAGAUGGAACUAUUUGUAAAUGUUUAUAAACUUGCAUUAAAGACGUGGAAGAUGAGAAGCAGAGACCAAUGAGUUUUUUCUACAAGGACCAGAUACAAAUCAACCCCCCCCAAUGGUACUAUUCAAGGAGUGUUUUCCAAUGUUUAUACAUAUAUAUAUUAAAAAAAGAAAUGGUGACAAAUAUUAUAAACUGGUGAUCUGCAGUUAUCUGAAACCAGCUUGCUGUUUGAUUGGUUGCUGGCAGAUUGUGAUGCAACCAAUCAAGACAACCUGGGAGGCAGGACGAAUGGGGAGGAAUGGACACGAAUCUAUAAAUUUAUAUUAUUGAGACCAACAACGUAGAAGUCCUAUGGAGAGAUGAUUUACUACAUAUUAAAAACUACAUGUUGUUUUACACUUCACUGGAAUUGUCUACAUGGAGGGCUGUAUGAUUUCAUUAUUUUUAUUUUGUGAUUUCUUUGUUGUGAUUGAUCUUUUAAGCUGCUCUGGGGUGAGAGGGGGUAGAGAGGUGUAACUGGGUCUCUGCAAAAUACCAAACUGCCUUAUGUAGAAAAAUAUACAAACACCUAAUCUGCACAAUUAUUCAGAAGAGAUGACGGAACAAUAUUUUGCACCUUUCCCCAUGACAAAUCUUCCAAGUGAUAAAGAGGACUGUACCAGAUGGGGUGAGGUGGUUGGUCCUCUCAGUUCUGUAGUUUUCCAGGGUGCAUCUCCUUGUCUUCUGAGAGAGAGAGAGACGGCUCGAUUUUUUUGAUGGGAGGGGGGUUUUUCGAUUUUAGUAGGAAAGGGCCACUCCCCCACCCCCCCCCCCUUCCCAGUGACAUUGAGGAGCUGCAGACCCCACCCAUUCGCACUUUCUCUGCCUUCCAGAGCCAUUCUGCUCGCAGAAAGGUCACAUGGUACUGUCCGGAAGGGUACUAGCAUGCAUUAUGGGUAAUUAAUAGUUACAGUUCUAUGCUUGGAGGCCUAAUGAGUGAAACAAAAUGACCACUUUGCUUUCCCCUCCCAAAAGCUCAUGCUGGUUUAAAUGAAGCUCAUUUGUCCUGUGUAUUUAGAGCAUUUUAAAAUAUUUUUUUAAUAGUUCUGGGCAAGUGUUGAUCCACUGUGUUGCACCCAAUAUGAGGGGCUUGUUUGGCCAGCUCAGGAAUCUUUAACGCACAGACGCCAGUUCCCAGUAAUAAAAGAGCCCGCUGUUUUUUUUUGUGAAGAAAUAAAGUAGGACUCGUAUUGGCGCAGGGAGGCCGGGAGCGUGGCGGGCGCUGUGUGUGGACCGAGAGCCGUUUCUCUCUCCGGUAGAGCCAGGAACACCGAGAGCCCAGCCCGUUUGUGAGGGGCAAAAGGAGGCAGAGGUGUUUGAAGUGUGAGACUUGAAAUUAUCUUUUUUUUUUUUUUUUUUGUAUUUAUUAAUAUUUUAAAAAUGUGCCGACGCUUUGUCCAGACCAGCUCUGUGGCCAUGACCCCGUGCAUGAAUUUGGCCAGGCGGGCUGCGGUCCCUCUCCGACGCUCCUGAGGAUCUUGGCACUUUGUACAUUUAAAAGGGAUAUGCCUAACUCGCCGAAGGUGGAAUACCCAGGAGUACCCGACCCCUUGAAGCAGGGAGGAUCUAUCAGGUGUGUCCUUCAAUGCAUUGUGGGUAGUGAGGUCGAAUCGCUUCGCGUCCAUCGGAGGUGAAGACCGAGCCGGGGCGCCCGAGCCCCCAGAACCUGUACCUGCAGGCCGUUUCUGAACAGGUAUGCACACCUGCCAGGCACCUCUGCUAAACCAGCUGUCAUACCUGCGUCAAAACCAGAGUUCAGGGAAUUACCGAAGGGAACAGAGCCAUUAUAAACUGCUUACAGACUGUUUCAAAGGGUAUGGUAGUUGUAAGUGUAAAUAUCCCCAACCAAGAUUUUGCUACACUCGUGCUUUGCGCGUGUGUGAAACUGGGACAACUACGCGUUUUGUAAAUCUCAACUGUAAGGUAAGUAAACGAUGAAAUAUUCUGAAAUUAAUUUCCAUACAAAUGUGCCGUAUUGUUGGUAUAAUAGACAUCUUCAGCUGCUCUAUUGGACCACAUUUUAUAGUCAGUUGGGAAUUGAAUUCCUUCAAAUAGGGUCUGUCUACUUGUGAUUUCUUGUGGAUUUUGUCUGAGUAUAUAGAUUUUAAAAACAAUGUUUAAAACAAUUAUAGAAGUACAAGGCAGGCAGUGACCUACAAAUGACUUAUUAAAAAUAAUUUCUUAAUUAUUCAUUUAAACAUGUUGUAAACUGCUUUUCUCUGAUGUUGAGAACACAGCUGACUGUUAAUGCGUCUGCUAUUUAAAUCCUUCGGUCAGCCAUGUCAGUAAAGCCCAAAGAACUUCUUAUUUCAUAUGUUAUUUCCAUUGAGGUCGCUGUGCUCCGAGAUUUUAUCCGAAUGCCUCUGUUUGACGAGGGUGUCACUCUUGAUUCAGAGAGAGAUUUGUGGGUUGGGUUGGGUUGGGUUGGGGGGGGGGGGGCUUAUUUUGUUGUUUUGGUCCCUGAUUUGUCCGUCUGGGUGAUGAGCUGUAAGGUUGACGAGGGCACCUGUGCAGUACGUGCUUGCAGAUAUGAAGCCCCUGAUUGUACAGUAGUUUUCUCCCCUGUGACUGCAGGAAGUGGGCCCUAAACAGGACGCGAGGAACUAGUUCUCUCGUUCCUGGUCGUAGGGGAACACAGUCCUGUCACUACAUCAAUUUUCGGUUCUGUUUGGCUUUUUUUUGACUGGACAAAGAGUUUAUUUGUUUGAAAAAUAAAAUAUGUGACUAUUGGU